AUGAGUGACCGAAUAGAGGGCACGGGAGGGGAGUGGGAGGGCCGGCAGUGUUUGGAUGCCAUGAGUGUCUGUUUGGGAAGUUUGUCAUCACUUCAGAGCCAAAUACAAUUGUUGACUCCAUUGACAACAUGUUUGGCCUCUAUAUUCAAUGGCAAGCGAUCUCUCGAGAGGCGCUUCCGAAGGGGUGACUCUGAAGUGGUAUCCGUUAAAAGUGAUGAUUGUGUCAAAGAAUCGGUUAGUUUUGAGAGUCUGGAUGUGACUCUCAAUAGCCUUAAAGAGAUAUUUUGUGAUAAAAAGUCACGAAAACUAUUAUUAGAAGAAUUUGUUUUCAAUUCAAGUGAUAAGAGUUAUGCGAAGAAUAGAAUCGCAAGAAUUCUUGUCAAUAGGAUUCUUGCGACCAAACGGGAACCGCUUCGAUGGUGUACUUCACACACGUCUUACUCGUCCUUCGAUGACAACAAAUACCGCGCCAUACAUGCCUUACAUCCACAGUAUAGGCUGUUCUCGAAAUGCAUGGCAUCGUUGACUCUUCACAACUACUCUGCCAUUCGUACGUUUAAAUCCAAGACAACCACUGGAAUCGGAAGCGGUUCCAGAAGUAGAACUAUAGAUAAGGAGCAGACAUCGAUUGGACACAUGAAGUUGGGCUCCAUUUUUGGACUCAAGAAGGAUAAGAGUACGUCCACAGAGAGCGACAAAAUUAAGGAAUACCUCAACGAAGAUAAUCUCAGUCCUGAAGAUAAGGACAAAAUUAAGAUCGCCUUCGCUGAGGGAUAUUUGGCGGCAGAACCCAAGUCUAAGACCUCUUCCAAACUCAGAGUGUUUACAGUAUUUCGCGAUUUAAUGGGAAUUGUAUUGAUUAUAGCGAUUCUGUUCUCCUUUAUGGGCGGCUCAUUCCGACGCGUACUGAUUGGUGGCACGAAUGAAGUACAUCCCGAAGACAUCGACGUGACAUUCGAUGACGUGAAAGGAGUGGACGAAGCGAAGCAAGAACUGCAAGAAAUCGUUGAGUUUCUCAGAGAUCCCGAGAAGUUCUCCGUCUUAGGAGGAAAGUUACCCAAAGGUGUUCUACUGGUGGGCCCACCCGGCACUGGAAAGACACUGUUGGCGCGCGCGGUGGCCGGCGAGGCUGGGGUUCCCUUCUUCCACGCCGCCGGUCCUGAGUUCGAUGAGAUACUC